ACUCAACAUGGUAUGACACAACAACAACAGAAAUUAUACCUAUCGAGCUAGAGAAUAUAAUCAAAGAAGCACCUAACACAAAGGCUACUGGACCCUCAAAGAUAUCAAAUGAAAUGCUAAAACAUCUUGGCCCUCAAGCAAAAACAUGA